UUAUAAAUUAACACGACAGGUGGCGCUGGUGUAGAUGGCAGUUUUUUCAUUGAAAGCUCGUGUGGAAGCCUUUCGGUUUUCUAAUUUUUAUAAUUGAAAAAUGGCUGGAUUAGUAAAAAACGUUCGACUUUUGUGUAGAAGUACUUCAUAUUUAAGGUAUUAUUCUACUAGACCAGCCAGUAUAUUACUAAGGAAAUGUACGAAAACAGAACAAGGAAUUUUCAGUAAUGAUCGUCUAGUGACAGCUACACAGAGACUUGUAUUGCCUCAUGAGCGAAGUUACAGUUCCAAACCACCGUUGUCUUUAAAAAUUAUUGCCGAGAGGGUACUUUUAGUUCUAAAAUUGUAUGAUAAAGUUAACCCCGAUAAGCUUUCUCUAGAAUCACAUUUUAUCAAUGAUUUGGGUUUAGACUCAUUAGAUCACGUUGAGGUCAUAAUGGCAAUAGAGGAUGAGUUUGGCUUUGAAAUCCCAGAUGCAGAUGCAGAAAAGCUUCUCAGGCCUGCAGAUAUUGUGAGAUAUGUUGCAGAUAAAGAAGACAUAUACGAUUAAAUCCUCUUAUUGUGUAAGAUUUUAGAUUAUUUUGAGUCUGUUUAUAUAGCAUAACAUUUAUUAUUAACUGUUUUUGCAGAUUUCCAACAGAUAACGUUCAAAAUUGUAAAAAUAGUUAUAAGUUGUACUGUUUUGUUAAUAAUUAUAAAACUAUAAAAACUGAU